AUGGGCCACGGAAACUCGAACAAGCUUUAUAUCACCCAUGCUGAGCACGCAGGUCUGCAUGGCUCUCAUUCAUCGUCCACAGGGUUUCGCGCCAAAGAAACAGCGUCUUUUAGGGCCUCUAUGGUCCCCUUUGACUGCUGUGCAAUCUCUUAUCAGCCUUUUACACAUCCUGUCUGUGCUCGGAAUGCAGAUGGAACUGGCACAGUAUUCGAUUUGGUCAACAUUAUCCCUUGGUUGAAGCAGCACAACAAUACACACCCGAUUACCAAGGAGCCAUUAUCUCCCUCCGAUCUAAUCACCCUAAACUACAGCCGCAAAGAAGCCACCAAUGAAAUACACGAUCCAAUCUCAUUCAAACCAUUCAGCGAACACUCGCACAUUGUUGCCAUUGCCACUACAGGAAAUGUCUUCUUGGCCGAGAGUAUCAAGGGGAACAGAGACCUUCUUGCAGAUGUCCAAUUCAAAAAGGAGGAUAUCAUCACGCUGCAAAACCCGCAUGGGCUACCUUCCGCCUCCGUUCCUGUGGCCUCUAAAGCAAUCGAAGCUACCAAGAAGGAUGAAAAGAAACCUGCUACCACGACCGCCCCUACUGCUAAGCCUAAAGCGCCUGUCCCUUGGAAUAUCUCGCCAUACUCGUCAGGUCUGCCCGGGGCAUCUCUUACGUCCACCUCAGUGGAUCCUACCGCACAUCAAGGAUCUUCCAAGCUAUUAUGGGACGAAGAAGAAUUGAUGUUCGAAGAUAUCUCGAAACCACCCAAGGGGAAAGGAAAGGAGAAGGACAUUGGGAAACGCCGAGCCUAUGUCCGCGUUGUUACUAGCUUAGGCGGUGCAAGCUUGAACCUCGAGCUUUACUGCGAAAAGGCGCCGAAAACAUGUUAUAACUUCUUGAUGCUCGCAAAAGCUGGGAAAUACAACAACUGUCCUUUCCAUCGGUUGGUACCUGGAUUCAUGGUGCAAACGGGUGAUCCAACGGGCACUGGCUCAGGAGGAGAGUCUUACUGGGGGACGCCGUUCCGAGACGAGUACGAUAACAGAAACGCUGCUGCUCAUGACAGCCGUGGAGUUGUCGCGAUGGCCAAUAAAGGGGCAAACACAAACGGUUCACAGUUCUACAUUACCUUCAGGGCAACGCCUCAUCUUGAUAAAAAGCAUACCGUCUUUGGUAAAUUGGUUGGCGGGGAGGAUGUCCUCGAUGCUCUUGAGAAGCUCCCCAUCAAGCCUGGAACGGAUAGGCCCGCUAAAACGGUGAAGAUUACAGAGGUCAUAAUCUAUCAAGACCCAUUCGAUGAUUACAAAACCCGAUUGGCUAAAAAGCUUGCCAAACGAGCAGAGGCAGGAAAGCCUAGCGCCGCUGCAGAAACAAAGAAGGACGACGUCAAUUGGUUUGGUGUCAAGGUUGGGUCGAGCGGUGUGGCUUCCAGUACAGAAGCCGGUGGUGGUGGUGUCGGGAAAUAUUUAAACCUCAAACGAGGGGCCGGAGGAGUAGGGACAGUGGGUGCUGAAGUGUCGGAUGAACCAAAGAAGAAGCGCAAACUGGGCUUCGGGAAUUUCGAAGGGUGGUGA